AUGGUUUCUUCAGCCGCUACUUCUGCUCUGCCCAUCUCGGCACCCUACACCUUCUACCCUCAGGCUCGAGUUCCUGCCCCCAAGAAGCUCGUUGGACUCAAUGCUGCUCUGGAGGCCCAGAAGAACCCCGAGUUCGAGGUGAAGCCCGAGAUCUUUAAGGAGUUCUCUCUGCCCGACGGUGUUGCCAUUGUCACCGGUGGAAACUCCGGUAUUGGUCUUGAGUACUCAGUCUGCCUCGCCGAGCUCGGUGCCACUGUCUACUGUCUUGACAUGCCCGAGACUCCCUCUGAGGAGUUCCUGGCUUGCCAGUCCUACGUUAAGCGAAUGCCCGGCAACGCCUCUCUGGUCUUCAAGCGAGCCGACGUCACUGACGAGGAGACUAUGAACUCCCUCUUCCAGAACAUUGCCGAGACCCACGGCAAGAUUGACGUUGUCAUCGCUAACGCCGGUGUGCUUGGACCUCGAGCCUCUUGCAACGAGUACCCCGCUGACUGGUUCCGAAAGGUCAUGGACGUCAACGUCACCGGUGUCUUUAUCACCGCCCAGGCCGCCUCUCGACAGAUGAUUGCCACCAAGACUUCUGGUUCUAUCAUUGUCACCGCCUCCAUGUCCGGCUCCAUUGUCAACCGAGACAUGCCCUGGUGCGCCUACAACGCCUCCAAGGCCGCUGCUGCUCAUCUUGUCAAGUCCAUGGCUGCUGAGCUCGGCCAGUUUGAGAUUCGAGUCAACUCCAUCUCCCCCGGUCACAUCCAGACUGCUAUGACUGACGUCUGUCUUGACGCUGAGCCCGGUCUUGGUAACCAGUGGGCCUUCCAGAACCCCAUGGGCCGACUUGGAGGUGUCUCCGAGCUUCGAGGAGUCUGCGCCUACCUUGCAUCUUCCGCCUCCUCCUACACCACCGGCUCUGACAUUCUUGUCUGCGGUGGCCACCACGUCUGGUAA